UGCACCUCUCUCCCUCCCUGUAAAUCUUUUACGGGGUGUGCGUAGUUUAAGCAGAGAGGGUGCGCAGGAUAAAGUUUACCAUCGUUCCAAAAUGAUGCUUAAUAGUAAAAUUUUAUUUCUAUCAGCUUUGUUUUGCAUUGCUGUAGCAGGGGUUUUAGGCCAAGCUCCUAGUAAUCCUCCUACAUCCACGCCGGCGCCUCCAACUCCACCAGCUUCUACUCCGCCGAUUACUCAACCACCGCCUACACCCACCGCCACUCCACCACCGGUUUCUACUCCUCCUCCUACUUCAUCACCACCUCCAGUGACAGCUUCUCCUCCUCCAGUUUCAACUCCUCCACCUAGCUCUCCUCCUCCAGCAACUCCCCCACCCGUUAGCCCUCCUCCACAGGCUACGCCUCCACCAGCUUCUCCACCUCCUGCCACUCCGCCACCUGCUUCUCCCCCUCCUGCUACUCCUCCACCUGCAUCACCCCCUCCAGCAACCCCACCACCAGCACCCUUGGCUUCUCCUCCAGCCACAGUCCCAGCUCCUGCACCUAGCAAAAAGAAAGCUAAGUCUCCAGCGCUAUCACCCUCAACCUCGAGCCCGCCGGCUCCACCAACUGAGGCCCCUUCACCCAGCCUCGGUGCUUCUUCACCAGGCCCGGCCGGAACCGAUGUGAGUGGAGUAGAGCAAAUGUGGUCCGUACAAAAUAUGGCAGGGAGCUUGGUGUUCGGAUGGACUCUCCUCAGUUUGAUGUUUUAGACAUGUCUCUGUUCGUGUCUUAGCUAUGUUUCAUUCCAGUGUUUCCAUAUACUAUUGGCUCCUUGCAGUCUCUGUUGGGACUUUUUAUUAUGCUUAUUUGAGCUUACAUUACAUUAUAUAUAUCAUUCGGAUGUAUUCUUUGGGAGAUUUUUUGAGGGGGGCUUUUUGUAUUGGAGGGGGAGUUAUUGUUUAUUUUAUAUGGGAUAUAUCGGUGGCGACCUCGUCGCGCGAUUGAUUUGUUUUUUAAUAGCUUCGCACAUUCAUUAAU